CUCGUCUUCCUCCCUCCUUGUCAACAAUGGAGAUACCAUCGUCGGCCAUAUACUUGGCCCUUGUCCUAGUUUUCACACUCCUCACAGGCCUCUACGGCGGCCGCCGCCGCCAGAAACUCAACCUCCCACCUGGGCCGAGGCCGUGGCCAGUCAUUGGCAACCUCAACCUCAUUGGUCCUCUGCCUUACCGCUCCCUCGCCGCCCUCUCCCAAAAGCACGGCCCACUGAUGCACCUCCGCUUCGGCUCCUUCCCGGUCGUCGUCGGCUCCUCCGUCGACAUGGCCAAGUUCUUCCUCAAGACCCAUGACCUCUCCUUCGUCUCUCGCCCUAAGUCCGUCGCCGGCGAGUACACCUUCUACAACUACUCCAGCAUCGGCUGGUCGCCUUACGGCCCCUACUGGCGGCAGGCACGCAGGAUCCUCAUAAUGGAGCUCCUCACCCCCAAGAGGCUGGACUCCUACCAAUACAUUCGGGUAGAGGAGGUGCGCGGCCUCCUCCGGGACCUCUUCAGGUCCACAGGGACGCCUGUCCUCCUCAACGACUACAUUUUCACUGUCAUCCUCAACAUCAUUAGCCGCAUCGUGUUGGGAAGGAAGUACACGCAGGAGCAGUCGGUGUCGUCGGGGGCGCCCGCGGCGAUCGUCCCGCAGGAGGAGUUCAAGGAGAUGAUCGAGGAGCUGAUGCUGCUCAACGGCGUCAUCAACGUGGGCGACUUGAUACCCUGGCUGAACUUCCUGGACCUGCAGGGCUAUGUGAAGAGGAUGAAGAUGGUGGGCAAGAGGUUCGACAGGUUCCUGGAGCACGUGCUCGACGAGCACAAUGAGCGGCGUCGGCGAGAAGGGAAGGCGUUCGUCCCCAGGGACCUGGUGGACGUGCUCUUGGAGUUGGCCGAUGAUCACAGUCUGGAAGUCAAGCUCGAGCGGCAUUGCCUCAAGGCCUUCAUUCUGGACAUGUUCGCCGGCGGCACCGACACCUCCACCGUGACCAUUGAAUGGGCCGUCUCUGAGAUCCUCAAGUUUGUUUAAUAAUUAAGAGGUGAAGGGGAUCCAUGAGAAAGAAAACUGUCGGCCUCGGUGUACUCGAGAAAAAGGACAUUCUAUCAAUGUAAGUGCAGUCAACACCGACUGUGA